AUGGAGGUCGUAAAUCAGUCAGCGCCUUCGGAGCGUGUGCCGGCGUCAGAGGAGGACGCCAUAGAUGGGUUUGGAGAGGCGCAAAUACCUGAGGUUGUGACAGAAAAGCAGGAGGCUAGUACUCAGACUAUCCAGGAAGAUAUUGAAGAGAGAAGCUCUCACCGUGAGGAGACGGAUGAUGACGGCGAUAAUGAUGAAAAUGACGAUACCAACGAGGAGGACAAUGAGGAAGACGACAGUGACAGCGACACGACAGACGAUGAGAGCAAAGCCGAUGAUGAUACCUGGCUCAAUGGAUCUGCUUUCAACGAGCGGAAAAUCAACGUGGGCGUGAGAUACUAUGAUUACCCAUCCUUCAUGAACCGGUCAGUGGACGACGAUGCAGAUUAUACGAUAGAAGCCCUGAUCAGUACUUCCGACUGGUGGAAGGACCUGGAACGGGAAAAGAAAAGGCGCGCUGCGAAUCCAUCACCAUGGACUGAGACUAUUGAGGUGGCACCGCCGACGGAAGGAGUUGCUGAGACCUUGCAACUCCAACGUGUGAGGAUCCGCUCUCCAGAGAUACUUCGUCGGCUUUCUGAACUCGGAGAGUGGAACGAAAGCAGCAUGGUUCCCCCAAAAUCCGAUUGUGUAUUCUGCCGUCCGUUUCACGCUCUCGCCUACUUCCAUGGUGAAAUAAAACAGCAGCUGGAGCAAUUAGAGUCUGAGCUAGAGGAAUCACAGGCAAGACCUAAUCCCUCAGAAGGCAAUGAAUCGGAUGGUCCGCAAAUGACUUCAUACUCUGCUAUCCGGGACGAAUUGCGAUGCUAUGUCAACUUUGUGGAAGAGAAGAUUCUACCUCUUUGGAAGAGGUUUGAACAUGUCACCAAGAACACUCCGAACAAGGUCAGAUAUGACGAGUUGCCUUUUCUUUUCCGCCCGGGUGAUCUUGUUUUUGUUCCAUCUGUGGCCACCAGUUCAAAAGCACGUCACCAGUCUGCUAUCCAGAAUGUCUUUCGCCUGGCCUCACUCCGGCCCGAAGACCACAUGUGGCAAACGGACCCAGGUGGCUGGUUUGUCCCAAAUUCACUAGCGAGGUGGAGCAUCUAUUGUUUCGACUAUGAUGGAGAGCAGUUGAAAGUGAUUUGGCAGUCCCUAGAAGUCCCCCAUUUUGCUGGCGAGCAAGAUAUUACUGCCUUGCCAUGCUACCCUCUGCGUUACCAUCCUGAUCAUGCGACGAUCCUUAAGAUGCAGGUCGAACGUGGAAAGCUAUUCAAGGAGCUCGUGAAACCGGAGAACAGACAUCAAUACUAUUCUGGAUGGAAUCUCUCAACAGGUAUCUUCAAGGAGAGCAUGGAGCUCGCUGAAGCUGAACACAUAGAAAGUGAGGUCAUUAUAGAUGUGAAGGAAGCCUCGCGAUACGUUACUGAGACAUACCCCGCCGACACUAAACGUUACGAGGAGACUUUCCAUGAUUCAUGGGCUACGGUUGUGGAUGAAAAUGUCUCUUAUCGGCUAUGGAGAAAAGCUUCGCCCCAUUUCAUCGAGAAGAAUGAAAACUUGCUCGUCCGAGAAGAUUUUACAUAUGCAAAGGAAGCACAAGCCUACAUGAAGCAGAACCCAUACAUUGAUAACAACGACACAUUUUUAAAACCAACAUGGUCCGAUGAAGAUCUGGCCCUUCUUCCUCGGAGGGUCCUUGGAUACGUCUUACGUGAGAGGAGGUUCACGCGCUUGGAUGUUCGCGGCUUUGACUUGCGUCGGGUAUCUGAAGAGAGGAUUACCCUGGACCAUGUCCAGAUAAAGCCUGGACAUCGGAGGAUCAUCCGAUCGACUGUUUCUUCUCACUUCACCAAGAUCCACCAUGAACGCUCUCGUGAUACCAUAUUGUAUACGCCAGAUAUGAUCCGGGGAAAGGGACGAGGCCUGGUUAUCCUCCUGCACGGAGCGCCUGGGGUGGGUAAAACUGCGACCGCAGAGGCAGUGGCAUUAGAAUUUGAGAAACCUCUCUUUCCCAUCACUUGCGGCGACCUAGGAAUAACAGCAGACGCCGUGGAGAGAUCACUCAAAGACAUCUUUCGAUAUGCCCAUCUAUGGGACUGUAUUCUGCUACUGGAUGAAGCAGAUGUCUUUCUCACACAGAGAGAUCGAACAGAUGUUGAGAGGAACGCCUUAGUUUCAGUAUUUCUCAGAGUGCUUGAAUACUACAGCGGCAUUCUCUUCCUAACCACAAACCGAGUCGGGGCACUCGACGAAGCAUUCCGCUCACGAGUACAUCUAAGCCUCUACUAUCCUCAUCUAAGCAGUGAAGAUACCAUUUCCAUCCUCUGUAGUAACCUGGCCCGGCUCCCUCGAGCAGACAAGGUACCCAAGGGAACAACGAUCGGCAACGGACAUAUCCAUGUCAUGGACAAAGAGAUCAUUGAAUUUGUCCGAUCGGAGUACGAGAAAACCUACAGAGUCCACAGACGUGGUCCAUGGAAUGGUCGCCAAAUCCGCAACGCUGUACAAAUAGCAUCCUGCCUCGCCUUCUUCGACCAGCGAGAAAAGACCCCGGGUAAUGACCUCCCGGUAGUGCUCACUGCAGAGCACUUCCGCACAGUGAACGACACCAUCGAAGAAUUCGACCGAUACCUAGUCAAAGCCCGGCGUGCCGACGAUCGCAAAUUGGCCCACAUGGAAGGAGUCCGAUACGAUGGCUACGAGUCCGGACCUACACGAGAACCUGCCGUAUAUGACGGUUUCAGUGGUUACGAGUCCGAUCACGUCCCCGUUGAGCGAAACCCUCGACGCAGUGUGCCAGCCCGCACCCCUCAGCGACAGUCUCAAUACGCCGGCACCUCGGGCGGCCGAGUCGCAGCUGGACGAUACUCCGCUGGUCGGAAACGGGCAGUCAUGGUCGAGUCUCAGCAUUAUGCAGAAGACGACUUUAUAGAUGACGAUAUGCAUGCCCCAAGUCCCUCUACCGGGCGCAGAUAUGAAGGCGGACCUAGUUCGCGUAUGGAGCCUCGUUCCAGGGUUCAACCCAGACCUUUGCCUCGAAAGGAUGAGGAUGUGUACGAGGAGGAGUUAUAUCCGGAUGUCGAAGAUCAUGUUGUGGAAGAGGAGUACCGUCUUGCGGCGGAUCCUGAUGCUCCUAGAUCUGCUCCUCGCAGCGUGAAAAGAAGCCCCAGAUACACGGGGGAUUACUCCCCUGUUCCUGCUCGCAGGACUAGAGAGGCGACUCCCAGGUCCCAGCAUCUAGAGGUGGAGUAG